AUGAUUGAAUACAGAGAAGUGGGAAGAACAAGUUCUUGGAACGGAGUUCCUUUGCCGGAAAAUGGAAAUAUCUUCCCUCGAUUGAUCGGAGCACUUAGGGGCGGUUACAAGCUUUCUCCUCCUUGCAGUUCCUCCUCUGCCCAAACCGAUUUCAUCGCAAAUAGGAUGUUUGUAAUGGAAAGAGCAUUCCCGUCCCCAAAUAACGAGGAGUUGGAAGUAGUGAAAGCUCGAGACAACAAUAGACAUAUUGGUGACAUUGUGAGCUUUCCUCUCGAGGGAGGUUUUGAUAUAAGAGUAGUCGGAUUAUAUUUUGUCAAGAUAAAACUCGGAUCUCCGCCGCAAGAGUUUAGAGUAGAUAUUGAUACCGGCAGCACCAAUUUAUGGGUGAGAUGCAACGAUCCGUCGUCGUCGUCGUCGUCGCCUCAACAAGAAGUUGAACUUAACUCAUUUGAUCCCACCGGCUCCUCCUCUUCUUCGAAGCUUUCAUGCUCGGACAGAUUAUGCCAUGGGAUUGGUAGAGAUUGUGCGAACAAGAGUAGUAAUCUGUGUGGAUUUAACACUCAUUAUGGAGAUGGAAGUUUGGCUACAGGCUACUACUUGACCGAUCUUCUCCAUUUUCAAACAGCUUCCUCAGCUCAAAUUGUAUUCGGGUGUAGCACGCAUCUUGAGGGAUCAAUUGCCAAUACUCGACUUAUUGAUGGGAUUUUGGGGUUGGGUCAUCGUUACCCUUCUGUUAUAUCACAAUUCUCGUCCCAACAACUCAUCCCUGGAAUGUUCUCCCAUUGUAUGAGAGGAAAUGGGGGUGGCAUCCUCGUGUUUGGUGAGAUGGAGGAUUCGAGAACGGUCUAUACUCCGCUCCUACCACAUAAGGGUCACUACAAUAUAGAACUUGAAAGCAUUGCUAUUAAUGGGCAGUUGUUAGCCAUCAACCCCGAUGCUUACAAAGCAUCUGAUCGUCGAGAAAUCAUCGUGGAUUCUGGGACGACACUGGCAUACCUGGUGUCUGACAUAUACGACGCAUUUAUAAGUGCUGUAACUGGUGCAGUUUCACAAAUUGCUACACCCCUCCCCUUACAAGGCAACCAAUGUUAUAGAUUGCCUGAAAGUGGGAUCAACGGAUUUCCUUCGAUUGCUUUCAAUUUUAACGGCGGGGCAUCCAUGAUUUUGACUCCGAACGAUUACCUUCUGAAUUAUGGACUCACGGAUGGACUCCUAUUAAUGUGCAUGGGGAUUCAGAGAUCAUUCGAUGAUUUAUCAAUUUUAGGAGAUAUAGCACUUAGAGACAAGAUUGUUGUCUACGACAAUGUUCACCAGCGACUCGGUUGGGCUAUUCACGACUGUUCUUCUUUGCCGGUCAAUGUCACCAAACCGUUAGAAGGGGACUACAUUAGCAGUGCCGCACCGUCAAUAACAAUAACACAGUCUUAUUAUUGGAUACUAGCUAUGUUGUAUAUGAUAAAUCUAUAG